CUGUUUCGCACUUCCGUCUCACGUAGCAACGAAAAGCCACAACACAGCAACAGAACAUAAGGAAGUGAUUACUGCAAAGAAUUAUGGCUGAAGUGGAUGAAACACUGAAGCGGAUUCAGGCACAUAAAGGUGUUGUCGGGACUAUAGUGGUUAAUGCUGAAGGUAUUCCUAUUAGAACGACAUUGGACAAUGCCACCACCGUGCACUAUGCAGGUUUACUUCAUCAGCUUACUAUGAAAGCCAGGAGUACAGUCCGAGACUUAGACCCUCAGAAUGAUCUCACGUUUCUACGUGUCCGAUCCAAGAAACAUGAGAUCAUGGUGGCUCCUGACAAAGAAUAUCUUCUGAUAGUGGUUCAGAACCCAAGUGAAUAGUUCUGAUGGACAGAAUCAUGAAAUGCAUCCUUUGUCUCGUUUGUUCGUUUAUCUUCUUCAUUGCUUUUGUGUGUUAAUUUGAACACCAUUUCUAUGAAACAUGCACUUGUAUACUUUUUACUUUGGAAGGCACUUUGUUGAAUGAAAUAAAAUAUCAUCUGGAGGGGAAAAA